CGCCGAACGUCAUUUGUUACAGAUGCCAACCGCCGAACACCGUCCACAAAAAGUUGGAGACUAUAACAAAAUGUCAACAUUUCUAGUGGUGACAUAAACAUGAUAUACUUUUUUUCUUGAACAGAAGGUCACGAAAAAUAACAUAAUAACACUUUCCAAAAAUGAUACUAGCACGAAAAAGCUAUAAAUCUAAACAAGGUAUGUUAUUGUAAAAGUAUCAUCACGAAAAAGCUAUAAACAAUUAAAUUCUAUUUAAUAAAUACGAUGGUUAAAGGAUACAAACAACCUCCCGAAACAGAGUAUAAAACAUCGAGAUGCUUGUCAAAAACGGCAGAAGGUCUCUUGAAAAGAACCGGACAAGAGCAGGCUACAUUUGCUCAUUUUGAGACAAGAAAUUUAUCUCGGCUCUUGAACGGUGACAUCUCAUGAUGAAACCAAACAUUGGAAAAGUAGAGAAAGCCAACUGUGAGAUUUUGACAUCUAGUGGCAUGCCUCAACCGACACCAAAUGUUACUCCAAAAAAGCGGAAACAAUAUGCGGUUGUGUCCGUUGCGAUUGUCCUUAUUGUUGCCAUGGUGAUAGGAGGGUUUCUCGGUGCGGUGCAUAUGAUGCACAGAAACACUUUGAAGACAUUUGAGACGACUAUGAGGACUGUUAAAGGUGGCAAAGGUAGAUACGAAAAGCAGACGAUCAAUAUUGGUGAGGAGAAGCAGACUACAUACGAGGCCAAUGAUGGCACGACUGGAUUUAAACUCAUCAUGGACUAUAAACGUGGUUUAAGUAUUAGCAGAGUUUGGAUGAAUGGACGAACGCCUCUUUGUUUCGUUGCGCAACUUAACAAGGCUGGGCUCUCAAGCCCCAAGGAGCUGGAAAGUCAUCGCGAGACUCAACCAGCACCCGGAUCGGAAGGUGACCCUGUAAGAGAGAGCUUCAAAGCUGAUCGUGACCCUAUUGCAGAUAUCAGUUUCCUGGGAGAUGAUGCGGAAGCUUUGUGUAAGGGACUAAAAGUAUAUUGGGCAGUCCCUAUAGGCCUAAGUGGGCCAAUGACAGAGAAAGGGAACACACAUAGGCGUGAGAAGCGGAGUCGUCACAGUGCAGAACAUGAUUACUUUCACCCUAAUGUCUCACGCCAAUGCCCCUUCCCAAAAUAUGGAUUCCUGAAAUGCGAACAAAACGAUGAAGCGUGUAUAUACAGCUGCUGCGAACAUUAUGAUUGCCGUGGCUAUGAUCGUGUCAAUGGAAAAUGUUCCAGUUGGGGCUGCACCAGACCAGUGAUUAAACGAAAAUGCCACUGCGUACAUGAUUAUCAGUACAAACGCGGCUCAGAUUUCAACGAUGAUUCGGAUAGUAAGUCUAGUAAGGACGAUUCAGAUGAUGAUUCAGAUAGUAAUGAUUCAGAUAGUAAGGAUGAUUCCUCGGAUAGUAAGGAUGAUGAUUCCUCGGAUAGUAAGGAUGACGAUUCCUCGGAUAGUAAGGAUGAUGAUUCCUCGGAUAGUAAGGAUGAUUCCUCGGAUAGUAAGGAUGAUUCAGCUCGACUGAAAACAUCGACCCCCAGAACAACAACAAGAGACUAAAUGAAGGACUUGAAAAGGAAAAAUGACAUGAUCAUCUAGACGGAGUGACAUAAAAUUAAGAAAAAAAACUUAGUCAAUUUCUUCCUUUAAAAGUAUUGUAUACUAGCACGUGUUUCAUUUCAACUGCUUGUGGUUUUGACGUUUUAUCUGUAAUUUGACCGUUUUCAUUUUCUCAAUCAUGCUUAUCCUUUGAUGUUUCCAUAUAACCAAACAAUCAGGAUGCGUUGCAAAAAAAACAUAUUUUUAUGGACCAAAAAAUUCAUGAAAAACAUGUCACUAAUACAAACUCAGAUCAUAUCUUUUGUUACUCCUUAGUCUGCUUUAAGCCAAAAGUUUGUGUAGAACUUUGCUAUGUAAGCAGGCCAGUUAGCAAGGGGGAGGGGGUCGAGCAAACGUUCUUUGAAAUUCUUUCAAAAUCAUA